CGCGACGUGACAACAACGGUUGCACGUCUGCACGUCCGCAGUUUCAAUUCCGCCGUGGUCGUCUUCUGUGUGGUUGUGAAUCUAGACUGUCGAGCUGUGCCAAUCGUACGCGUAACGUCAGUCGUCGCGCGUCCGGUUCCAAUCGAGGUACAAGACGGUCUCCACAUCGACGAUCGACAUAUAUCUAGGCAAUAUUUUGUCCAUCCAUUUACAAACUAUCCACUGGACCAUACAUCAUAACUACCGUUUAUCUGCUUAUAUCAUAAGACAUGAACAAAAUAUUGACAUUCACAAGAUGCCUGAGCCGCCCAAGCGCGUUUUUGCUAAGCGAUGCGGCUUCCGUUAGAAAGAAUCACUUCCGAUUCAUGAGUAUUGUUCGCGCACCACCAGUGCCUCCAGCCAUAACCGGUACAGCUGUCAGCAAAGACGAAACCAGGGAUUUUAUGGCAGUGUUUCCAGACGUUGUUAGAGAUCUGACAGAAACUGGCCGUAACUUAGACAUACCUGACGUCACCAAGUGGCUUGCUAAGGUGUUGCAAUACAAUGUGCCUGGCGGUAAGAAAAACCGAGGAUUGGCUUUAGUACUGUCAUUCAAAAUGCUUUCCUCCCCUUCUGAUCAAACUGAUGAAAAUCUUAGACUGUCUUACAUACUGGGAUGGUGUGUUGAAAUUUUGCAAGCUUAUCAAUUAGUGUUGGAUGACAUAAUGGAUAAUGCUAUUACUAGACGUGGACGUCCUUGUUGGUAUAGACACAAUGAUAUUGGUCUAAUGGCAGUGAACGAUGGUAUUCUUCUCGAACAGACCAUUUACCAGUUGAUUAAAAAGUACUUCAAGGAUAAGCCUUAUUACAUACACAUUCUGGAGCUGUUCUAUGACGUUACAAUGAAAACUUCAAUGGGUCAAUGUCUUGAUAUGCUUACUGCAAAUAGCUUUAAGACAAAAAAACUUGAAAAAUAUACCAUGGAAAAUUAUACAGCUAUUGUGAAAUAUAAGACUGCUUAUUAUUCAUUUUUUCUUCCUGUAUGUCUUGCAAUGCGAAUGACAAACAUUAAUGAUCCAGAAAUUUUUCGACAAGCUAAGACCAUAUUGCUUGAAAUGGGACACUUUUUUCAAGUUCAGGAUGACUUUUUAGAUUGUUAUGGUGAUCCAGACGUCAUGGGAAAAAUUGGCUCGGACAUUGAAGAUGGCAAAUGUUCAUGGUUAGCUGUAAUGGCUUUGCAAAAAGUAAAUUCUGAGCAAAAAAAAAUUAUGGAGGAUAACUAUGGUAUUGAUAAUCCAUUGAAUGUUGCAAUUAUCAAAGAUUUGUAUGAACAGUUGAAAUUACCAAACACAUUUCAACUCUACGAAGAAGAAAGUUAUAAAUUAAUAUGCACUCAUAUUCAACAAUUGUCACGUGGUUUAUCACAAGACAUGUUUUUUAAAUUUUUAGAAAAGAUUUACAAGAGAACACUCUAAUAAGAAAUUUUAAAUUUUUACCUAAAUGCAUUAAUUGGGCAUUUAUGUAAAUCAAAUAUAAAUAAUAAAAUU